CAGAAGUAAUAUUUGAUUUCCUUGUAGUUUUCUGAACAGUGUAUUUUAGUUAUUAUUCCUACACUGUACCCGGUACAUAGCGAAACGACAAAGUUUGAGGAGUAAUGCUAAAUAUCAUUACUGAAUGCGUUUGUUUAAUGAGUUUUCUAUAAACUGUCCCUUAUUUGUGCAAUCAAAAUCAAAUUCUGCCCUUCUGCUCUCGCUGCUUAACUGUCUCUGGUCACAUAAUUUAUGUGAAGGACAUAUGAUAGUAUUUGGUAAUCAUACUGAAACAGUUGAAAAAUUAUUAGAAGGAGAUGCCUGUUUCGAUGAUUAUUUCUUAAAAUUUGCAAAUCGUGUCGAAUUGUUAUGUCUUUUAAACAAAGUUUUCAUCCAUUAUGUGAACAACUGGGAUGACCUGGAAAGAGUCAUUCAGUCAACACGCAAACGAGUCAUUGCUGUUUGGGAUCUUGUUUCAUUCAUGCAAGCGCAUGAUAAACUGAAUGCCCUGAGUCUGUCCUCUAAGGUUGCAUAUUUACUAUCGAAUAGUGAAUAUUUGCUUCUCGGAGACAGAAUCGAUAUGACGUUACGAGUGCAAUUGGACAAGAAAAUCCCAAUUUCUGAACUAAACUCGACGACACUGUACGAUAUAUUUCGUCUCUGGAUACCAGAUUGGUUGGAUUGCAAAAAGCAAGAUGACAAACAUUGCUCCUUGACUUACAGAAGUUUUGGUUCGCAAGUGGUUAUUACUAAAAAAGAACAAGAUUUUGUUGAGUUUUGAUAUGAGUAAAUUUAUGAUUGUUUAGUGUUAAUAUAAUGUUUCUUUUCUCUGUUACA